CGUUGUCGGUGGUUGUGGGAUAUAUUCGUCCGGUCGAUGGAGUCCGUUUGAAGUCAGACAGUCUCGCUCGUGUGUAAAUGCGUAUUUGUUACUCAAAUCGAAUUAAAUUACUCUUCCAGCAGUCCAAGCGUCUUCCUAGGAUGUGAUAGAAGCCUCGUAACAAUUAAGCAACAUGGAAGUGAUUCGAACGAAGCAAGAAGAACGGGAAUAUUUGCGAAAACUGAUUGCCUUAUGGAACGCGAGUCGUUUGGACAUCUUUGAAAUAAGCGAGCCCAAUGAAGACUUAGAGUACCGCGGUGUGAUGCGGUUUUUCUUCCAAGAUGCUGGAGCAAAAAUGGCCACAAAGUGUGUCCGCGUUACCAGCGUGGAAACAGCGGAGGAUGUUACGAGAACCUUGGUGGAAAAAUUUCGUCCGGAUAUGAAGAUGCUUUCAAAUCCGAAUUACUCUCUUUAUGAAGUCCAUCCGAACGGAGAGUCCAGAAAACUUGGAAAAGACGACAGGCCUUUAGCUGUCCAACUGGCAUGGCAGCAAGAUGACAGAGAAGGACGAUUUUUGCUCAAGAGUGAUCAAGAAGCCCUGGUAGCUACUAAUGUGUUUGCUACUGACAAUGAAAAUGAUCCUGGCCAGAGUUUCAAGAGGAAAUUGUCAAAGAGAGAGAAAAAAGAACUUAAAAAGAAAAGAGAAGAAGAGGCCAAGAAAGCUCAGCUACGUGGACCUUCCUCUCCCACUAAGUCCAGUGAUGACUCUGCUAUUGCACAAAUACUUUAUGAUGAAUUACCGGAAACCAGCUUCACAAGAAGCAUCUCUAACCCUGAAAUUGUCAUGAAAAUGCGUCGUCAACGAAAACUUGAACGUAAGCUACAAGAAUUUCAAAAUAGUGAGGGAGGGUCAGACAGUGGAGGAACAUUGAAAAUCUUUGCUGAAACUUUGAAGCCGGAGAUCCCAUACAAGACUCUUCUUGUUUCAAUGCGUGAUCCAACCACACAUGUUGUGAAAGAAGCAUUAGAAAAAUACCAAAUGGAAAAAGAAAAUCCUGAGGAAUACUGUCUUGUGAUGGUAAACAUACCUCCUGGAGGACAAAAUGGAGGAGCUACACUCGGAAAAGAAAGGGUUGUUCAUGAUGAGGACAAUCCGCUGGCUAUUGCUGCCCAUUGGCCUAAACAGGAAGGGCAUGUUGUUUUCCAUCUGCGCCGCAGAGCAAACUUGCCACAGCACAGAAGACAAAAGAGAAGGUCAAAGUCACCAUCUAGAGUACCUACGGAAAGCAUCUCAGAUAAAGCAAUAGGCGAAAGACUCGCAAAUUCAUUUCCAGAGCAUUUGUUGCCUUACUUGAGGGAGAUGUCAUCUGAUGGCCGUGAGUUGGAUUACAAGCCAAAUAUUCACCGACUUCCCAUGGAAAUAACAGAGGUUGGUAGUGAUAAGUCAAUGUCCUCUUCGAAUAGUUAUCUGGAGUUAUUUGCACCCCAUAUUCUGCCUCGUCAUUGUGUGAUAACCAACAUGGAUGGUAUUGUCUCUGUUGAGCGGACUAGUAGUGAUGCAGAAAUAUACGUAGAUGGUAGGAGGAUCUACGAGUCAACCAGGCUAAACCAUGGUAGUGUGAUCAAGUUUGGCAAGCUUCACACUUUCAAGUUCUGUGACCCAGCUUAUGAAGAAAAAGUCAAGCAGAGUUCACCAGCUCCUGACACCGCUAGUGUGAGUAGUGGGCACAGUAUGAGUGAUACCGACUCUCAGAAGAGGUCUUCCAGAUAUAGGUAAUGCAUUACUAGUAAUGUUGUGUUUUCUAGUAUAUUCUCUCUAACUAGCCUGCAAACAGGCUCCUGGUGAGCCCGAACGAAGCGAGGGAGCCUGUAGACAUUCUAUUGAGCC